UCCGAAGCGGUGGUGGCGGUAGCACUAUCAAGUGUUUUAUCGGCAGAGUUAACGAGUCUCAGCGGUAUUAAUGACCAUCUCUAAAUAAUGCCGCCUGUCAAUUUUGUUAUGAUCUGUGUAAAGGCGAAGCUAGUACCUGUGUGAAAGCCCACUGUUUCAGUUGUGAAAUCAGUUCUUAAGCAAAUCACGCCCGAGUGCGUGUGGAAGACGACAGGAACUUUGCUGGUCUAGUUCUAGUGCAACAAAAUAAGUCGUCCAAGUUCUUGCAUAUACACAGCACAACAGCGAUAUCCAAUAUGUUCUUCAUAUUUGUUGCUGGCUUAUUGGGGGGUAUUCUUCUCUCCGCAGUCAUCUUGCACAAACUUGAUAGAAAGAGUCUCAAAGAGAAGCAUGUUCUCAUCUCAGGUGGCUCUUCUGGCAUUGGACUAGAACUGGCGAAAGAAGCUUUCAGGCUAGGGGCAAGAGUAACCCUAGUGGCGCGUAACGAGAACAAUCUCAGAAUGGCGGCUGAAGCUGUGGCUAUCGAUAGUGAUAAAGUUGGAUACGUUUCCGUCGAUUUAUCGUCAAAUAUCUCUGCAAUCAAAAAGGCUAUCGCUCCGGCUAUUCGAGCUCAAGGUGACAUUGACGUUCUUAUUAACUGUGCGGGCACUGCAGUAGCACGGUACAUCGAAGAGACCACGGAAUUCAUGUAUCGCCAAAUGAUGGAUUCGAACUACCACACUGCUGUAAAUCUGACCAAGGCUUGCCUUUCGAGUUUGGAGAGGAGAUGCGUAAGCCAGGGUUCAGCCUCUAUUGUGUUUUUAUCCUCUAUGGCUGGCAUCAUGGGCGUCUUUGGAUACAGCGCGUAUUCGCCUGCAAAAUUUGCGAUUUCCGGUUUUGCACAAACGGUUAUAGCUGAGAAACAACACCUAGGUUUGCACGUCAUGGUCGUGUUUCCCCCUGACACCGAAACGCCAGGAUUUGAAAAUGAGAAUGUUGGCAAGCCCGCAGAGACCGUCGCCAUUUCACGUCUCGCCGGCAUUAAGAAGCCAGACACUGUCGCAAAGGGUAUCAUAGAGGACUUAUGCAAAAGGAGGAUGAUGUCAUCUUUUGGCUUGGAUGGCCAGCUCAUAUGUACGGCCGCAUCGGGAAUGUGGCCAGUUAGUUCUUGGUUGAAGCUCAUAUCGGAAAUCGCCCUCAUAGCACCUGGUCGUUUAUUGGGUGCUUACUUGCAUUAUAUAUUCAUUCGCGUGACUGCAGCGGAGCGUGCAAAGAGGGGCCCCGGCUGGUAUCCUCGUUAGCAGAGAAUGUGGGAAAUCGAGCAGUGCGCACGCGAGAUCUAAUCAAGUGUAAGCAUGCUUGUUAUAAUUAUAGAAUAUAUCGGAAGUCCCUAGCUCCUUGUAUAUAUAUAUAUAUAUAUAUAUGAUAUGCAAUAAGAUUUAAUAAAGCCGCGUAGCCGAAAAUUUGUACUGCUGCA